AGAGAGGAAGAAGGAAAGAGGGAGAGUGGCUGACUGGAACCCACACACACACACACACACACACACACACACACACACACACACACACACGGGAAUACAGUGUUGCAGUGCUAUUGAGCUCGGAGGAAGAGCAGGGUAUACGGUCACUCGCUCAGAGAAAACACAGACACACGGAUUGUUAAGGACUCAAGACCAGGAAAUGUGAAUCAGAUGCAGAUGUCAACCAGCGUGAACUGAACUGACACGUCAGGGGCUCUGUAUCAGGAUGGCUCCACCCCCUCCGACCAAUGCUCCUCAUGUUUGCUUGUCAUGCAUGGUCAUCAUGAGCAGCAUGGCACUGAUGGACGCGUACCUGGUGGAGCAGAACCACGGGCCACGUAAGAUCGGUGUAUUCAUCGUGGUGAGUGUAGGUGACGUGUGCUUCCUCAUAGCACUGCGCUAUGUUUCCAUUUGGGUCGGAACUGAGCUCAGGACUGCAAAGCGUGGAUAUGCAAUGAUCCUCUGGUUCCUCUACAUUUUUGUUUUGGAGAUUAAAGUCUAUUUCAUCUAUCAGAACUAUAAAUCCGACCGGAAGAGUCUGGAUGCUCUGACGCGUAAAGCUUUAACGCUGCUCCUCUCUGUGUGCAUUCCCGUACUGUUCAUUAUUCUGGUCGCUGUGGAUCAUAUGGAGUAUGUCAAGGCAUUUAGGAAAAAGGAGGAGAUACGGAACCGGCUCUUCUGGGUGGUGGUGGACCUCCUAGAUGUUCUGGAUAUCCAGGCCAACCUGUGGGAGCCGCAGAAGAAAGGCUUCCCACUGUGGGCUGAAGGCUUGAUGUUUUUCUACUGCUACAUCCUGCUUCUUGUUCUGCCGUGCGUUAGCCUGAGUGAGAUCAGCAUGCAGGGUGUUAACAUCAGCCCACACAAGAUGAUGCUCUACCCCAUCCUGAGCCUCAUCACCAUCAAUAUCGUCACCGUUUUCAUCCGAGGAGGAAACAUGCUGCUGUAUAAAGACGGCCGUGUCUCAGGGAUCCUCAUGGGGAAGAAUGUCCUGGCCAUCGUGAUGAAGACGUGCAGCUUUGUGCAGUACAAAAUGCAGUUGCAAAGUGCUAAUCUCUGUGCUAACACGCCGACUCCCCCAGCUGCUCCUCCUGCAGCUCCUCCUGUAGCAGCCUUCAGUGCUGAGCUUCACAAAAACUCACUGACUCACUAUCGAGAUGUUUCUCAAACAUCACUGCCUGCAUCUGAACACACAUGACACACACACGACAUUUGAUAGACUCUGAUGCUUUUGAUGAUGAAGAACUUUUUUAGACUCUGUGACAAAUGUGAUGUUUGAACUGGUCUUACCUGCAGAGAGGAGCCUAAAUUAGCCAAUGUAAACUUGGGAGUGGGCGGGGUUUAAAUUCCAGCAUUGUUGCUUACAGUGUUUACUAUGGUUACACAACAUUACUGAUUUUGUGACGUUUUAAUGUUUCAUCGU